AUGUCUCUUCCUGCCACACAAAAGGCGGCUUUUGCGCCUCAAUUGUCUGAAUCCGUCGAUGGAAUUGUCUAUGGCGACAUAGAGACGCCUAAAAUCGAAUCGCCCGACGACGUGAUUGUGAAGAACAAGUACGCAGGUGUCAACUUCAUUGAAUCUUACUUCCGCAAAGGAAUCUACCCGGCCCAGUUCCCAUACGUGUUCGGCCGCGAGGCUGCUGGCCAUGUUGUUGCUGUCGGUGCCAACGUGACCCGGUUCCAGCCCGGAGACGUUGUAGCGUAUCUCUCGCCCAGAUCGUUUGCCCAGUACACAAAGUUCUCCCAGAACCACGUGCAAGUCCGGCGCUUGGCCAGCGACGUUCUGGACGCUCAGUUGCGCUUGUGGGGAAGCUUGUUAGUGCAGGGCUUGACCGCCAUCACUUUCGCUCACGAGGCGUACAAGGUUAAAAAAGGCGACUUCAUCUUGGUAUGGGCUGCAGCUGGUGGCGUCGGGCAGAUCCUCACGCUGUAUGCGGCUCAUUUGGGCGCACAUGUGAUUGCUGUGGCGUCCACUGACGAGAAAUUGGCCAUCGCCCGCAGCUUGGGUGCCAGCUACGCGAUCAAGCUGGACGAGGACGUGGCCAAACGUGUCUUAGAAAUCACAGGCGGCGUUGGAGUAGCUGCCUCUUUUGAUGGUAUUGGAAAAGACACGUUCGAGGCUUCUAUGGCUUCACUUGCUAGAAAGGGAAGCAUGGUCAGCUAUGGUAAUGCCAGUGGUGUUGUGCCGCCAGUUUCGAUCAACAGAUUGUCUGCCAAGAACAUCAAGCUUUUACGUCCACAGGUUUUCGGCUAUGUGACCACUCCAGAGGAAUGGGAACACUACACCAACAUUUUGCAGGAGGCCUUGGACAAGAAUGUCAUUGAUGUGAAAACCACAGUCUAUCCUUUGGAAGAGUACCGUGAAGCUGCGGCGGCUUUGGAAGGACGCAAGACUACAGGAAAAUUGGUGUUGGCUAUUCCAGAAUAG